AUGGAUCAGAUAACUCAGGCCUCGUGGCCGGCCCUUGGCGUCGCGCUGGUUAGUCUGGCUGCCAUCGGUCUCCUUUCAAUCUUCAUCACCCUCCACCUCGUCGCCCCGAAGCCCCGCGCCGUCCUACCCUCCGAAAAAGUCUACCUCACCUCUUCCGCCUCCGGGAAGCCAGUCAAGGUUGCGGCUCCCUCGUGGUUCGACCGCUGGUUCGCUGAACGCAGCGUCUCCGAGGCGCGCGCACACCUGACCGAUCCCCGCGACGUCCCCGACUCGGGCGCGACAAUCGACCCCGCGGAUGUGCGCCUAACCGUCGUGCUCCCCGCCUACAACGAAGCAACCCGCAUCCUCCCCACCCUCGAGGAGGCAGUAGAAUACCUCGACGAGCACUUUGGCCGCCCCUCCUCCCCAACCAAGCCUCUCCUCAGCCCUACCACCCCGCGCCGACGCUACAAGAACCCGCCCUCCGAGGCCCUCACCGGCUACGAGAUCUUGAUUGUGGAUGACGGAUCCAAGGACAGCACUGUCGACGUCUGCCUCGAGUUUGCGCAGAAGCAGGGCCUCCACGAUGUCAUCCGCGUCAUCAAACUCGAGCGCAACCGCGGCAAGGGGGGCGCCGUCACACACGGCUUCCGCCACGCCCGCGGCGAGUACGUGCUCUUCGCCGACGCCGACGGCGCUACAAAGUUCAGCGACCUGGGACGUCUGAUUCAGGGCUGCGAGGAGGUUGUUGACGGCUCACACCGCGGUGUUGCUAUUGGCAGUCGCGCUCACCUUGUCGGCAGCGAGGCUGUUGUAAAGCGAUCUGCCCUGCGCAACUUCCUCAUGCGCUCUUUCCACCUUGUACUCAUGAUCUUGACCCCGCCCGCCACCUCCCGCCUCCGCGAUACCCAAUGUGGCUUCAAGCUCUUCACCCGCGCCGCCCUCCCGCACAUCGUCCCCUACAUGCACGCCGAGGGCUGGAUCUUCGACAUUGAGAUGCUGCUGCUCGCUGAGUCGGCCCCGCCGGCGCCUGUCCUCGGAGAAGACGGCAGUGUUAUUGGCACCAGCCCCGGAAUCCGCGUUGCCGAGGUGCCUGUCGACUGGCACGAGGUCCCCGGAAGCAAGCUCAGUGUCAUCUCGGACAGCAUCAAGAUGGCCCUUGGUCUAGCGAUUCUCAGGGGUAGUUGGAUGAUGGGCGUCUAUCGUCGGAGACUGACAUAG